CGUCGGCGCGGAGGAGCGGGUCGUGCCGCGGCAGCAUGCGUGAGUGCAUCUCAGUCCACGUCGGCCAGGCCGGCGUCCAGAUGGGCAACACCUGCUGGGAGCUGUACUGCCUGGAGCACGGCAUCCAGCCCGACGGGCAGAUGCCCAGCAACAAAACCAUCGGUGGAGGGGACGACUCCUUCACCACCUUCUUCUGUGAGACUGGUGCCGGGAAGCACGUCCCGCGGGCCAUCUUUGUGGACCUGGAGCCCACUGUGAUUGAUGAGGUUCGAACUGGAAUCUACCGCCAGCUCUUCCACCCCGAACAGAUGAUAACGGGCAAGGAAGAUGCUGCCAACAACUAUGCCCGUGGGCACUACACUAUUGGCAAAGAGAUCAUUGACCAAGUGCUGGACAGGAUCCGGAAGCUGGCUGACCAGUGCACAGGCCUCCAGGGCUUCCUGGUGUUUCGCAGCUUUGGAGGUGGCACUGGCUCUGGAUUCACCUCCCUGUUGAUGGAACGACUCUCUGUUGACUAUGGCAAGAAGUCCAAGCUCGAGUUCUCCAUCUACCCAGCACCACAGGUUUCCACUGCGGUGGUGGAGCCCUACAACUCCAUCCUCACCACUCACAGCACCUUGGAGCACUCAGACUGUGCUUUCAUGGUUGACAACGAGGCCAUCUACGACAUCUGCCGCAGGAACCUCGAUAUCGAGCGCCCCACCUACACCAACCUCAACCGCCUCAUUAGUCAGGUAGUAUCAUCCAUCACAGCGUCCCUGCGGUUUGAUGGUGCCCUGAACGUGGACCUGACCGAGUUCCAGACCAACCUCGUGCCCUAUCCCCGCAUCCACUUCCCACUGGCCACCUAUGCUCCUGUUGUUUCGGCUGAAAGAGCAUAUCAUGAGCAGCUGUCAGUGGCCGAGAUCACCAACUCCUGCUUUGAGCCGGCCAACCAGAUGGUGAAGUGUGACCCUCGCCACGGCAAGUACAUGGCCUGCUGCCUGCUGUACCGAGGGGACGUGGUGCCCAAGGACGUCAACGCUGCCAUUGCCACCAUCAAGACCAAGCGCAGCAUCCAGUUUGUGGACUGGUGCCCCACGGGCUUCAAGGUGGGCAUCAACUACCAGCCGCCCACGGUGGUGCCGGGCGGCGACCUGGCCAAGGUGCAGCGCGCCGUCUGCAUGCUGAGCAACACCACGGCCAUCGCCGAGGCCUGGGCUCGCCUCGACCACAAGUUUGACCUGAUGUACGCCAAGCGAGCCUUUGUGCACUGGUAUGUGGGAGAGGGCAUGGAGGAAGGGGAGUUCUCCGAGGCGCGGGAGGACAUGGCUGCACUGGAGAAGGAUUACGAGGAGGUGGGCCUGGACUCCUAUGAGGAUGAAGAGGAGGGCGAGGAGUAGAGACGCCCUGCCCAAAGGACCUUCCUCCUUUUUGCGUGUUAACUGCACAAAUCCUUGGCAAUAAACAGUCUGAGUCUCCGUGUCUCCCACUAACCCCCAA